UCAUACCAAGAGCGCGCCUCGCUGCCAAAGACAUCGCCCGUGGCCUCUUAUCUCUUGCGACUGAUUGCCGCAAAGCAGACGAAUCUCUGCGUCUCGGCCGAUGUAUCCACCACCAGAGAGCUCUUGCAGCUCGCCGAAGAGGUCGGCGACUCAAUAUGCAUGCUCAAGACGCACGCAGACAUCAUCAACGACUUUGGUCCUCGCACUAUCCAAGGUCUGAAAGAGAUUGCUGCCAAAAAGCACUUCCUCGUCUUUGAGGACCGCAAGUUUGGCGACAUUGGAAUUCACCGCUGGCCCCUGCAAAUCGUACGCUGGGCCAACAUUAUCAAUGCCCACAUCUUCCCCGGCCCCGCCAUCAUCACCGCCCUCUCACAAGCUGCCCACGAUGCCGUCAGCUCGCUCAACACCGCCGUGACCACCUCCAUCUCGGCCUCCCCAGUUCCGUCAUACAUGGACGACAGCGAUGAGGUUGACUCGCCCGCACUGUCUCAUCACGAAGAUUCCGAUGACCUUGACAGACUCUCCAGCGACGAUGACACAAAUCAGCUUUCUACAUACAACGACCCCACCGGUCGCAAGCCCAGUGUCGUUUCUGUUUCGACCACUAUCAGCACAAAGACAGAAAGCAUCUCACCUCAACCCACACCAAACCACCUCAGUGGUCCUUCCGAUUCCAUCUCGGCCAUCAGUGCAGGCUCGGCUGGUCAAGAAUCCUCCGCCUUGGCCCGUCUCGGCGAACCUCCUCUCCUUCGAAGCUUGCUUAUUCUUGCAGAGAUGAGUAGCGCGGGCAACUUGAUGACUGGCGCAUACACAGAGCAAUGUGUAGUAGAAGCACGCAAGAACCCGGAGUUUGUCAUGGGCUUCAUUGCACAACGCUCGCUCAACGAGAAGCCUGGUGACAACUUCAUCACCAUGACUCCUGGCGUGCAAAUCGGAGCCACCGGAGACGGCCUCGGCCAACAAUAUAACACACCGGAGAAGGUCAUUGGCGAGGCCGGUACCGACAUUAUCAUCGUUGGUCGUGGUGUCUACGGUGCUCAAGACAAGAGAGCAAAGGCCGAGGAAUACAGAAUCAGGGGAUGGAAGGCAUACGAAGAGAGAAUUGGCUCUGCUUCUGCAACAAAAGCCACCAGGUAA